AUGCGCAUGCUCAAACUUCUUCAAAUGCAACUCGAAAUAUGGAUCGACGAAGUGAAAAUAACUGAAAACCAUUUUAUGAAUGAUAAGCAAAAUAGUAAUCAAAAAUGGCUUGAACUUUUCCAAAUGUACGUCGAUAUUCAAAAAGCGUUUAAAAUUUACAAAAAAGUUUACGCGGCGCAAAAGCCAUUUGUUCUUCUCUCGUCAGACUUCGGUGCCUGGGUGAUAAAAAAUAUCAUACUCCACACUUUAUUAUGCGGAAUGUAUGAAAAAUUUUAUACUACAGUAAAUGAAGCCCAAUACAUGUGCACCAUGAUGUUGAGCCAAGACGAAUGCAUUGGUGAACAACGCAUCAUGUGCAAGAAUAUCCUGCGCCUGAACAAGUCCCCGAGUUACAUGUACAAUUUGAUGGGUCUCUUCCAGGUCGACGCUAAGUUACUGUUGAGUUUUGUCGGCCUACUGGCUACGUACGCUGUUGUCUUACUUCAGUUUUAUUUCGAUGAAUAAGUAUCUAAAUCAUCCGUUAGUAUGUGUAAGUAUGCUACCCACCCGGUUCAAGGAUUUUACCUUUCACUACCCAAAGGUUGGCUGGAAGAGAUUGCUUAGCGAUAAGUCCGCCUUUGCUCAACAUAUUCAUAAUGUAUGUUUCUACUACAUAUGUAUUUUUU